CAGGAAUCCCCACUUGCUUUCACAAGCUUUCAUAUUCAGUUCUGAAGUCAGUUGAUGUAGGAUCGCGAUUCAGAGAAAGGACAUCUGUUUUAGAGAAAUGGCAGGUCAACCAGUGAGAGUAACGAUUGGAACUGUUUGGGACUUUCAGCUGAAACCUCCACCACCCAGACCCCCGAGACUACCAGUUGGUGUUAUGAUUUCAUGGAUUGUCCUUACUGUGGCACGAAUCAUCUUUGGUGUUGUGUAUUUUAAGGACUGCCCACAGCAGCCAAACAUCCCCAACUAUCUGUUAGGAAUGGCUUUGAUUCCACUGCUCAUGAUUUCAUUCAUAACCCUCCCUUGUGAAAGUGAUGCAGCUCAACCAAGGGAGCAUCCCAGGGGUCUCAAAGCCUGCAUGCAGUGUCUUCUAAGCCUGUUUAUCUUCACGUGGAUCCUGUUAGAUAAAGUAGAAGAACUGGUUUCAAAAUGUCUGCAAGCCCGUGACCUGGCAUACUGUCCUUACAGCCGGUUCCCCGUUGGUGCUGCCAUAUUAACAGCAGAUGGCGCCAUAAUCACAGGUUGUAAUGUGGAGAAUGCUUCCUAUGGCCUGACUGUGUGUGCCGAGAGGACAGCCAUCCAGAGAGCUGUCGUGGAAGGACACAGACAGUUCACGGCCAUUGCCGUGACAUGUGAUAUCAGAGACCUUUUUGUUGGACCAUGUGGAGCAUGCCGACAGGUUCUAAUGGAGUUUGGGUCAGACUGGACUGUAUACUUGACCAAGCCAGAUGGAACCUACAAGGAAACCAACCUAACUCAACUGUUGCCUUUACCCUUUUCCCCUGCACACCUCACAAAGAACUGAUGAAGCUUCCAAAUUAUGGAUAAAUAUCACCACUCUCAUUGAUCUUACUGUAGCAAGGUCAAACACUGGAAGAAAAAAAAAAAUCAAUUUUAGCACUACUUGAAUGGUUUUAUAUUGUAUAAAUGAGCAAUCAGUGGCAUGUAAAUAAGUUAUGUAGUUUUACAAUAAUUUAACUCGUAAUUAGUGAACAAGAUGUUCAGUAACUAGAGUUUUACAUGAGCAUAUAUAAAUAAAAUCAGUUAAAAUACUCACUUAUAUAAUACCUAAAUCAUUUGAAAUGUUUUAAACAUGUAGCCAAAUGGAUAAAGUUACAUUACUUUGAAAUAAACAAAAUAUUUGCAUAAGUUCUUUUGUUUUUUUCUUUAGUGUGGUUACAAAUUGUGCUCUAGAACUUCUUUCAUAUCAGCAGUUACUGUCGCAACACUGACUUUGACAAGCAAUGCUGUAAACUUGUGUCAGUUUUCUCUUGAAUGAACAAUAAAAUUUACUUUCAACAUGUG